AUGGAAGUCCAAGACAACCAAGGCAAGGAAAAUUUGGCCAUCCAGACUCUGAACACGCGGCAAGGAAAACCGACGAAGUACAAGACCAUCGAGCCGACACUGGCUGAGGACCUGAGCAAACACAACCCGUAUCUCUAUAGCGCAAUUCCUGAUCACUCCGAGCUGGAUCUGCUGGGCGAGGACGAUCUGAUCAAAAUUGCACUCAUCAACAGAGAGGACAUCUGGCUGUUUGUGGAAAGGGUGGAAGAGGACACUGACAUCAUCUAUGCCAAGGUAGCGCAGCGAGUAAAGAGGGCACAUGAACUGCAGGAGGGUCAGCGCGUGGCAGUGAAGAAGGAGCACGUGUGUGAGAUCAAAUACCAUGAUGCUCAUGACGAUUCUGACUAG